UUUAUAUAGGAGAGAGACAGGGGGGGCGAAACAACGUUAAAAAGAGAAUUAGGAGGCUUCUGGAAUUUUGGAUGUUUCAUUAGUUCUUUACUUCUCUCUUUGGGUUUCCUAUCUCUCUUCAAAACUACAGUAUAUAUUCUCUACUCCUCUCUUUUUUAUCUUCUCGAGACUCAAGGAAUUAAAAAUAAAAUUUAAACUAUGAAGAUUUCAGUGAAAAAUCUCAAGAAUGCAAAGUUCGAUAUAGAAGUUAAUCCUGAUGAUAAGGUGUCUGAUGUCAAAAAAAGCAUAGAAACUUCUCAGGGAUCAGAUGUUUACCCCGCCUCACAACAAAUGCUUAUCCAUCAGGGAAAAGUUCUUAAAGAUGACACAACGUUGGCUGAAAACCAAGUUGUUGAGAACAGUUUUCUUGUUAUUAUGUUGACUAAGACCAAAAGCUCAUAUAGUGGAACUCCAACUACAACAACCACACCUACUGGUCAGGUUCAGUCAGCAGCUUCAGUGCCUCCUGCUGUGGCUCCAGCAUCAGCCCUGCCUCAACCACCACCUACUCUUGCAUCUGCUCCUGUUCCAACUUCCGCAACUGCCUUCAGGCAAGGAUCAGAUGUAUAUGGUCAAGCAGCAUCGAAUCUUGUUGCAGGGAAUAACCUUGAGCAAACUAUUCAGGAGAUUUUGGAUAUGGGAGGAGGGACCUGGGACAGAGAUACCGUAGUUCGUGCACUCCGCGCUGCUUUCAACAACCCUGAAAGAGCUGUUGACUAUUUAUACUCGGGAAUUCCCGAGCAACCAGUUGUGGUGCCUGCACCCCAGGCUCCUACUGGACAAGCUGGACUCCCUCCUGCCCAAGCUCGAGAACCAGCUCAGUUGGGGGUUCCCUCUACUGGUCCCAAUGCAAAUCCAUUAGAUCUGUUUCCACAGGGCCUUCCCAACUUGGAGACUAAUGCUGCUGCUGGAGGUAACUUAGACUUCUUACGCACCAAUCCACAGUUUCAAGCUCUGCGAGCUAUGGUGCAAGCGAACCCACAAAUCUUGCAGCCUAUGCUUCAAGAGCUUGGGAAGCAAAACCCUCAGCUGGUGAGGCUCAUUCAGGAGCAUCAAACUGAUUUCCUUCGCCUUAUCAACGAACCCGUUGAAGGAGAGGAGAAUAUAAUGGAACAGCUAGCUGCAGCAAUGCCACAAGUGGCUGUCACACCUGAGGAGCAGCAAGCUAUUGAACGUCUCGAGGCGAUGGGUUUUGAUAGAGCGGUUGUGCUGGAGGUGUUCUUUGCCUGCAACAAGAAUGAGGAGCUCGCUGCUAAUUAUCUAUUGGAUCAUGGUCAUGAGUACGAAUAAUUAUACGAGGGACUGAAUAUAGCAUCCUUAUCUUUCUGCCUUCCAGUUCUAUUUCUUUUUUUAACCUCACUCACCACCUCCUAGUUGUUUAGAUAUGUGGAUCGAGUACAACUAGAGUACCCUUUUCCUUUUUUUCCUGUUGUUUUUAGUUUCUUCACCUGGAAAAUGAAAAUUACAAAGAGAUGGAUCAUAAAAUGUGUUAUUGUUUUUUCUGGAUUUAUUAACAUGUAAAUGAAUUUAUACUCUCACAUUUUCUUUGUUUUUUUUUCUCUCUGUUUCCUACA